GCAGGAAACGUACGUUUCGCCGGUUGGUACGGUUGUGGUAUUGCUGCAGUAAAUCGCUCAGAAACUAGUGGUUUACCGUUUACCUUAUGUUUAGUUGGAUUUACUGUCAGUCAUAACGUACGUGUUAGAAGACUGAAUUGACUUAGGUAUGCAAUAUGGCCAACGUGCAACCUUAAACAGAUGUGGCUCGUUGUGGCGGUGCGAUUCAUUUUACCGUUACUUUAAGUCAACUGGCCAAUGUCAAAAUGCUAAGCGUCGCGACGACUAACGCAAAACACGAGCAUACGAAAGCACGAAAACGACACCAUAGUGUAGCCAUAUUAACUUACUACGGUCGCGUGUUGUGUCCUUCUCGUGAACUCUCGCCGGUGCAGCGGAGCGGUUACCAAUGGAGACGGGAGGCGCGUAAUCAGAUUUAGCUAGCGUCAGCUAGCUAGCCGCUCUCACGUUCCGCAUUACCAGCAGAGAUUCAACAUGGCUGCAAAGCCGAAGGGAAAACCAUCCAAAAGUUCAUUCGGAGAUGACGAUUUGCUUGACAACUUAUUUGAUGAUAAAAAACAUUCAGUAAGGGGGAGAGCAACUCGCAGUGGGCCCUUGAAUCGCUCCUCUGCCACUGAUAACAUCUUCAGUAUGCUAGCAGAGGAGGUAAAGAAGGAUGGUGGGGACAGUGAGGAUUCGGAUGUCUCAGCAGCAGAUCCCAAUGACAUACUGAAGACCGUGAAGGACAUGGAUGAUUUGGAUGCAGACCUUUUUGCAUCAAAGAAAAAGCCUAGUUCAGCUCCUGCACAAACAAAGCCGUUUGGUAAUGAAGGGCCAAAGAAAGACUCUACUGCGUUAGACAAAAGUGUAAAACUAGAGGGAGCAGAUGAACCCAGCACAGGAGGGAAGAAGCCAAACUCCGCGCCCUCUAUGUCUACAGCGCGUACCUAUAGGAAGUUCACCUUCUCUGACAUAGAUGACCCCCUGGCUGACCUACUUGAUGACUUGCUUCCAGAUGAAACCAAGCCCGAAUCUAAAACGAGCGUGCAGCAGACCAAACCCGAACAAUCCAUGCAGUCUCCUUCAGCAUCUCCAAUCUUAAAGAGUAAAACAUCUAAAGCAGCAAAGACACCAGGCAAUCUCACAUUCGAUGAUGGUAAGGAUGACCUGAUGGAUGCCCUCGGAUUUGACAGUGAUAAAAACUAUCCCCCAAAAAAAGAGACUCUGCUUUGGUCCAACAAGGAAAGGAGUGAGCCCCCUCAGAGAGCUCGUACUAGACUGGACGAGAUUCUGGAGAGUUUGACUUCACCUCAUCUUCUGGAGCGACCACCCACGGGUGAGAGAAAGGACCAGCCUCUGUCUCAAGAGAAGCAGCAGCAGGAGAAGACCACCAGUGUGAAAGAACCGGUUUUAGAAGAUGAUCUCAAAUUUGGGUCCUAUCAGCCCACUUUGGGAUCCAUGCCUGAAGGGCGCCAGUCCCGCAGACAGUCUGUCAGAUUUUCCACCGAGGAUGUCAGUGCCCUUACCCCAGAAAAGAAACCAAAACCCACCACCGUCACCUCCACUCGACACCGUAACUCCGCUGACUGGUUAGGCCUCAAGACAAAUGACGAUAAUACGUUUCUAGAGGAUGAGACCAAAGACACCGAGACUUCAACAGUGUCUCCAAAGGCUCCCUCCUCCCCCUUUUUGGAGAGAAAGCCCUCCCUGACUGGUAGUCAUACCACAUCUGCUGCAAAAAUGGCAGCGGAGACCCCAGCCCAAACUGUUAAUAUUGCCAAACAAACCAAGCCAGAGGUUUCAAAAAUCCAGAAAAAACAAGAGGAGGAGGAUGACUGGUUAGCAGGAGCACUGAGCAGGAAGAAGGGUCUGUCAGCUUCAAACUCUGAGGCAAAAAAGUCCAAACUGGAAGAUUCUUUAGGCCUGGGAGAAGAAGUGGAUCUGGACUCGUUUGUUAGUAAACAAGUCACUUCACAGGCUCCCAUGGGCAGAGAAGACACAAUUACAUCUGUCAAAGAAACUAGUAACACACUUCAUGGACAGCCUAGCCCUGCUGCUCACUCCACCCCUAUCAGAGAGGAGGGCACCAAGCAAGAUUAUCCUCCCCAUUUUACUGGUCCCUUGCCAGUCUCUGCUCCAAGCAUUAGCCAGCCCCAGCCCCAGUCCAGUAAGGGACCCAGGGAGCUAAGAGGGCCUAAUAAAGCUUCGGCCGAAACCCCGCUACAGCUGCCAUUGCCCAGCACUAUGUCUACUACACUGCCUGGCACCAUGAGGUUUCCACAGCAAGACACAUCAACUGCUGUCCAGCAACAGGUGACAUUUUCAGCAGGCAGUCUGCAGCAGCUGCUACUACAACAGCAGAUGAUGCAGUCCCAGUUGCUGGGUCUAGGGGGUGUUGUGGAUACUGGGGUCCUGCAGAGACCCAAAGACAAAGAGCAUCAACCUGGAGAUUACCAAGAUUUACGGGCUCGCAUAAUCCAGUUGGAGGGACAGGUGAAGACCUUGCAGCUGGAGCGAGACCAGAGUGAAAUGUUACUAGAGAGUUUCCAGGAGCGGCAUAAACAGGAUAUGGAGCUUAUGGAGAAUACACACAAGACUCGUGUGAAGCUGCUCGAGGAAUCAGCAGCCCAGAGGGAGAUACGAGCGCGGCAGGAGUAUGAAGACCUAAUAGAACGCCUGGCCACAGUAACACGUUCGGCUGAGCAGGAACGCUCAGAGCUGCAGGGUCAGUACCAGCGCAAACUGGCGCAGGCUCAGCAGGACAGAGAUCGUGAGGUGGAGAGACUCAGAGACCUCCAGAGGAAAUCUAUUUUAGAGAUGAAGAAAGACCAUGAAGACCAGAUCCAGAGACUAAAGAGGUUAAAGGAUGAGGAGAUUGAUGCAGUUACAAGCGCAACAUCUCAGACCAGAUCUCUAACGGUGGUGAUUGAGCAGAUGGAGCAGUUCUCCUCUCGGCUCGGAGAACUCUCUUCUCGGGUGGAGAGCACACAUGAACACACGGCCCAUGGCCUGGAGCAAGGGGCACGGCACAGAGAUGAGCAGCUUCGAAUAAUGCAGGGCCGUCUGGCUGAGCAGCAGAAAGCCAUGGCGGAGGAGAGAGCUUAUCUCAAGGAAAUCAUUUCCAGGAUGGACACUCAGCUCAAUGAGCAGCAGAGACAGCUUGAGAAGGAGCGCUGGAGGAUGACAGCAGAGCAGGCCAAGGCAGAGUCUACCCAAAGAGGCCUGGAGGAAGAGCGGCGUUCCCUUAGCAUGCAGAUCAACAUGGAGAGAGAGGAGUUGGAAAGAGCCAAGAGCACAUUACUGGAGGAGCAGAAGUCAGUGAUGCAGCAUUGCGCCGAGGAGAGGAGGAAGCUGGCAGCUGAGUGGCACCACUUCCACGCCCAGGAGAAGCAGAGGCAUGAGAGGGCUGAACGAGAGGUCAGCAGUCUCAUCGAGAAGAGGGAGGGCUCCAUCAUCAGUCUGGCACAGGAACAAGCUGACCUAAAGCUUCGAACCGCAGAGGUAAAACAGAAGGAGAUGGCCGUGGCACAGGAGCGAGAAACUUUGGAGAGACUAAGAGAAGAACUAGACAGAGAAAAAGAAAGAAUAAGCAGCACAGCCCUGAAACUCAAAACACGAGCCCAGGAGGUGGAGGCCUUCAGCAAGCUUGCUGCAGAAAAGUACGAGGAAGGAGAACGAGCGUCACAGGAGGCAAAACGUGUGGAGGCGGAGCACGAGGCAAGGCUCAGAAAUAUCCACAUCCAAACAGAGCGGCUGAGGCAGCAAGAACAACGAAACCUUCGGGAGCGCAUGCAGUUAAGUCAUCUGCAGGAGGAGACAGAGAGGAUGAGGCAGGACCCUCGCAUCACCACUUUACCACAAAUUAUUCCCCCCAUUUUACCAGACUCAGGUUCCGUGUUGCCAAACCCUGAGCUGGCAUCGCCCCUAAACAUUCCCCCUCCUACGUCAUUUGCCAACACUCAGUCUAUGGCGCUUCAGGCCAGUCUGGCUCUGUGGAAGUACACUGCAGAAAAGGACCGUGAAUACCUCCAAGAAGAGCAGAUCUUUCUAGAAAAUUUAAAGAAGAAAUCCUACAGAUCAUCUUUCAACACAGACUGCCCACUGCGUGCUGGGCACUUACAAUAGGAUACAUGUUACUCUUAAUAUGGCUAAAUACUUGAAUGUGCCAUUUGGCUUGAAUUUUAUACAUCAUCUUCAGUUUUAUUAAACAUGUUUUGGGAUCAAA